AUGACUCUCUUCCAGUCGGCCUCCUCUACCCCCAAUGGCUCCAUCUUCCUCACCUCAACGCCAUCCACUGCACCAUGGGGAGCAGCCUUCACACCGCAACCCAUCACCCUCUUCCUCUCCACCAACAAAAAGCAGCCCUGCGAGCAGCCCAUUGCCUUCUCUGUCUCGUUUUCUUUUCGGAUGACCUCUGCUAAUUCUGGUAGUGCUGCUGCCAGCGCACGAAGCAGCACAGCAGGCGAGGGCCUGGCGUUUGUGGUCACUGCGGCGGCACCCCAGGGGGCUGCAGCGGGGGUGGGGCUGGGAGGGGUGGGGAAGCGGAGUGUGGCGGUGGAGUUUGACUCGGUGCUGAGUGUGAAGCACAGCGACCCCAACGACAACCACGUGGGCGUCAAUGUGGGCGGCUCACCUGUGUCCCUCGCCUCUGCCACGGCCCCUCUCAUCCUCAACGACGCCCACACCAAGCACGCCUGGAUCCACUACGACCCCACCAGCGGCGGCACCCUCCGAGUCUUCCUCUCAGCCUCCAGGCAGCAGCCGUCCAAGGCUGUGGUGACGGCGAGAGUGUCUCUGUGCAGCGCGCUCAAGCCCACCUUUGGCGGUGCCUCCUUUCUCUUCGGCUUUAUGGCUUCCUCUUUGAACAACACUCAGAGACACGACAUCCUCUCAUGGAGGAUUGUCACUGGCAUACUUCCUGCUGCGGACUGGCAGAAUGAAGCCCCUGAACCAGCAUGGAUGCGGUAUGGCAUGGGUGCGGUAUGGCAUGGAUGCGGUAUGGCAUGGGUGCGGUAUGGCAUGGAUGCGGUAUGGCAUGGGUGCGGUAUGGCAUGGAUGCGGUAUGACAUGGAUGCAGUAUGGCAUGGGUGCGGUAUGGCAUGGAUGCGGUAUGACAUGGAUGCGGUAUGGCAUGGAUGCGGUAUGGCAUGGGUGCGGUAUGGCAUGGAUGCGGUAUGGCAUGGGUGCUGUAUGGCAUGGAUGCGGUAUGGCAUGGAUGCGGUAUGGCAUGGAUGCGGUAUGGCAUGGAUGCGGUAUGGCAUGGGUGCGUUCGUAGGGGGCGCCUUCCGUUGCGCGCAACACAUCACGCGCUGGAAAGGGCUGAAACGGAAGGACGUCCGUCUUUGCAAGGCGCCUAUCCCUUCUGCUGACCGCGGCGCCGUCCGCGAAUUGUACGAAGGCAAACACGCCCGCAGGGAAGGGAAGAAGAAGGCGGAGGAGAUGGCGAUCGAGUCGUGUGCGGGUGGAGCGAAGAAGCAGUGCAUCGAAGACUUCUACGGGGAAGGGGCGUCGUGUGCAAAGGAAUCGGCAGACGACGCCAUCUGCCUCAUGUGGGCGGCACUUCACCUCCCGGAGCAUCUCGCCGAUCACCCUCUCUAG